AUUUCCCUCAAAUCUCGAACAGCUGUCAGCAAGAAGAGAAGUAGCUAUUGGUGAAGGAAGCAGAGCUUGUUUUGAUGUUGCAGCUUCUCUGCUGUUCUAAAGCCUUGUGCAUGGACCUACUGAGCCCCAAUUUCCGUAAUGGUAGAUUACUGUAUCGGUGACAGAGGGGGAGAGCUGGGUAUCCGGCCCGGCAAUCAGUAUGGAUUUGGAGGGAGCAGGUCUUUUCCAGGAGGUGGCUUCCAGGUGAAAUCGUCGCAGUUGCAUGCCAAAUCAACUGUUGGGAGCAACUUGGAUGAUGGCAUGGCUUCUCUCGGGAUCUUUGAUUGGAACGAGAGAGCUGGAACAGACACAGCCUCUGCAGCGACCCGUCAAAGUGCUGCUGUUCGUUCAUCCCAAGUCACUUGUGAUUCGGUGAAUAGCUGCUGCAAUGGAAGUGGUCGACCAACGUCCAGACUAUUCAGUGCCUAUACUCGCACCUCUGAUGAGACAUCCUGCGAUGAAGCGGCAGAAACUCCGCACGUAGCUUUGCAUUUAGUGUCGAAGUUGCUCGAUGACGAUUCUAUUGCUACCAUUGGCGAUGCUGCUGCUGCGUCGUCUUCCCAAGAGGAGGACGAUAGCGUUUCACCGGACUCGUCCGAUCAUGGCCUGCCAAGCCCAUCAACGUUAGCUUCAUCGUGGCCUGGAGUGCUUGACUUUGGUCACUCGUUUUCUCAGACCCCCAGCUCUACGGAUGCACCCUAUUCAGCGUCCCCUUGGGGUAUGUCGAACUCCACCAGUGGCCAUGACGUCAGCCAGCCCGCAGCCCCCUAUAACAAUGGGUUUCUCUUCCUCUACGAGUCCGGUGUGAAUGGCCGCCAGUCGGCCGCGCUCCCAUCGCCCAUCUCUCCUGUGGCAGUACCACCCGCCUUCUCAGCCACUGGCCAUGAGCAUCAUAUGCCUACAGCAGCUCACGUACCUUCCCAGAAAGGCCCAGCGAGUGCACCAGUGCCGGUUCAAGCGCAGGCGAAACGGGCCGGUCGCCAUCCCAAUUCCACCACGGCGUCUGCACCGCGUAACAUUUCUGGAAAGUCUGAGGCCCGGAGACAACGGGGCUAUGGUAGGACUCGUACCAGUCGUGCUGGAGACUCCUACCCUAGUCAAGACCUGGGUGGUAGUUUGCCGUCCAGCCUGAGUGCAAGCAUUGCUCAUGCACUGCCGCCACCCAAUGCUGACCAGAGCCAUCGAUCAGCAGGCGGCCCUGACGCGUUCGACCCCGCCGCCGCCGCUGGAUCUCGUGCACCUUGUGCCCAGCGGAAGCGCCGUACCCACGGGGCAGAGUCCCGAAAGUGCACGCCCGCUGUGCAGCAGGUUCACGAGCUCGUGGACAAAGCCGUUGAACACCUGGCGUCUCUGGACACGGAAAGGAAAGAGAUGGAGCAGAGCUUAAACCGCUUCUGUCCCAGCCGCCGGUCAGCCUCCAACCCGAGCAUUCGAAUGCCACCGAAUCCUUCUGCAACCGACCGCAUCAUUGUUGAGCAGCUACGUCAGCAUGCGAAGGUUGACUUCCUGCUAAGUCGUAUUGACCGCGCUCGUCCCACUCCAUUGCACUCCACCGUCGGUGCUUCAGUCGACUCCUGGCUGAGCUGUUUGAACGAGCUGCAGUCAUUGCGGCGGCAACAGCGCCAGAAGCAACCAAAGCGUGGCCAUUCCCUGGCUGACUCAGAUGCUGCUGACCUGACCCCACUGCUCAAGAAACUCAACGAGCUGUCCGGCGAAGUCCAGUCAGCUCUCUGUGGCGCGGUCAAGUCCAGUUUUGAUGACAUUGGCCCUCGCACAACUUCGGACGGCCAGACAUUCACCCUGCGUGGUGUGCCUUAGUGAUUACCAGCGCCGGGCAUGCAUGGUCAACCUUAUCUCAGCUGUGACUGUCACAACAAGCAAGCAAGCGUUCUCCUUCUCCUUUUCUUGCUGGGAGGUAACAGUGGACCCAGCGUCUUCACUUGCGGUGAACAUGUGUCGUCAACACUGUUGCGUUCAAGCUCCAAUGGCUGCUUACCUAUCCAGCUAAAUCCUUCCUAGGUCCAGUUACAAGUGCUGUACCUAUAGUAUUGUUCUCUGUCCGUUGGACCAGCAGACUCAUGCGUUGAGCUAGGCAACAACCUGCUUGCCUUCAUAGCGGCUAGCUGUUUUGUGGCACGCACAUGGUGGCCAGGCAGCGUUUCACUAUUGGCACGCAUUGUCCCAUCACCAUUUUUACUCGGCAAUGUCAGUCCUGUCCAGGUGCUGAGAGCUAUCAAGUGCAUCAGCAGUCUUUGCCUCCAAGUUUACAGGCGAUAGUGACAUACUCGAUGCUCCAUCGCUCUCCGUCGGGUCUGCUCAUGCGCUCUCUGGCCCACGUGUUGGCAUUUCUGUGUUUGGUGGUGACGUGCUGCAUUUCCAGUGUCUGCUCUUCACCCGGUUAUCGCUACAGGUUUGUGCAUGGAGCUUGCGAGAGGCGGCCGCCCCGCCCGAGCAACUCCCCUUAGUCUAGCGUGCUGCACGCGCAUCCACAUCCACGUAAACACGUAUGCAAUGAUAUCAGAUCUGAAUGUGUGUCGACUGCACCUUUGCCCUUGUUCUGCCCGUGAUGCUGUUCUAGUUGCUGAGGCGCGCUGUCCCACUACGCGCUGCACUUGCUGCUCUUCGCCAUGCAUUGCUGAGUACUAGUACAUGCAGCAUAAUGGCACUGCGCUGGCUCUCACAGGUACGACCUAAACCCUGCCACCUGCACUGGAAAAUUGGUCUUUUUUUUGUUUCCCUAUUAUUUCUUCGGUGCAUGUCACUCCGUUUUUCUUCUUCUUUAGUUUAUACGUUUCGUUUGUUUUCAUGUUCACUCGGCAUGAGGCACAAUACAGUCAUCUUACACAACAGUUCAGAUAUGAAUAGUAUGUUGCUGUCUUCGAGUAAGCACAUCCAUCAGAAGGACCGUGGCUUUCCGUAGUACUUGGUGCUGCAUGGUAUAAUCAGAUAGCACAUGCUUUGAAAAUGA